AUGGCUAUGGGACUAUGGCCGACUGUGGUGAUCGGACUGUUGCCACUGGUAGGGUGGUUAUUGUGGUGGUGGAACGAUGUAUGGUACGGAUUUGUUAUGGCAACUCUCCGGUCAUCCAAAGGCGACACCAAGCUGCCUCCGGGCAAGAUGGGACUUCCGAUCUUGGGUGAUACGAUCAGUUUCUUAUACUACUUCAAAUUCCUUCGUCGCCCCGAUGACUACAUCAAUUCAAAACGUCACAAGUAUGGCGAUGGGAUAGGAAUGUAUAAGACACACCUAUUCGGUAAACCUUCAGUGAUUACAUAUUUACCUGUGACAAACAAACUUGGAUUUACAACGUGCUGUAAAUCCAACUUUUGACAAUGGAUUCUAUGAGUUCCUA